GAAGUGAACUAAACGCUGAACUGGAAGGUCUUUCAUUUUAGCUGAAGAACGAAACUUGCCUAUGGUUAUCCACUAUGUGCGUCUGAGGACCAUAACCAUUAAACGAACUUUCCUGGCUGACCUGGAAUAAGCAAUGUUAGCGUUAUAUGUUAAGCAUUUAUAUUGUACUCUGUCAUAAUAACCAAGCGCAACUUUUCGGCCCUGAAAGAAGCUUUUCUCUGCUAUCAGGCACUGAGAAGCUAACUUUGCGUUAGCUGACAACCGAACGGAUACCGACAGAUACUUCAAGAACAACCCCCCAAAAAUCGGAGCUCAUCAGUUGGAGCAGACGAAGACGGCAAUAAUUGAGGGGAGUCAAACACCCCUUAUUGUCUGGUCCUGAGAUGACAUCACAGCAGCCACAACUUCCCAAUGCUGUUAGUCCUCCCCAGCUUGCCCAGAACUCCUCUGCUCAUCAGGCCCAACCUCACAUUCAGGCCAAUCAGCUGGACUCAAGUCAAAGUAGUGCAACUGCUGGGCCUCUGGAUCACAGAGCUCUGACAGGUAGGCCAGGUUGCUCAGGUGUGGCAGCAGCAAGUGGAGAAGUGGUCAACAGAAACAUUCCUUCCUCCUGCACCAACUCUAUCUUGUCCAAAAGGAAUGGUGGCUUCGAGCCAUGGCCUGAGGAAGCAGUGGACAAUUCCCAUGGACUUUACUCUCUUCAUCGCAUGUUUGACAUAGUUGGAGCCCAGCUAACCCAUCGGGAUGUCAGAGUACUGUCAUUCCUGUUUGUUGACGUGAUUGACGAAUAUGAGCGUGGUGGCAUCAGGAGUGGACGAGAUUUCUUGCUUGCCCUAGAGCGUCAAGGUCGCUGUGAUGAGACCAACUUCCGACAUGUUCUCCAGCUUCUACGGAUUAUAACCCGCCACGACCUAUUGCCUUACGUCACACUCAGGAAACGGCAGGCUGUUUGCCCAGAUCCUGUUGACAAGUACCUGGAAGAAACAUCAGUUCGCUACAUUUCACCAAGAGGAGCAGUGCAGAGCAAGGACACUGUGCCUCACAGAAGAACAGGUCCUCAGCAAGUAAUUUGCUGUUCCCCAUCAGGAUCCAAUGUUGGACCUCCGCAAACAAAGCCAACUCCUCUUGUCCAAAACCGCAAACGCAGAAGUCAUUCGUCAGUUGACUGCAGAGAAAAGCAAACAUGUGAUAUCCGCCUCCGGGUUCGUGCUGAAUAUUGCCAGCAUGAGUCUGCACUUCAGGGCAAUGUCUUCUCCAAUAAGCAGGAGGCAGUGGAGAGACAAUUUGAGCGCUUCAACCAGGCAAACACUAUCCUCAAAUCCAGAGACUUGGGCUCCAUCAUCUGUGACAUCAAGUUUUCUGAGCUCACCUACUUGGAUGCAUUCUGGAGGGACUAUAUCAAUGGAUCAUUGCUAGAGGCUUUAAAAGGGGUCUUUAUCACAGAUUCCUUAAAACAGGCUGUUGGCCAUGAAGCCAUAAAACUGUUGGUCAAUGUUGACGAGGAGGACUACCAGGCUGGUCGACGUAAACUCCUCCGCAAUUUGGUCACAAGUGGAGGAAGCCCACCAGGAGCUAUCAAAGACACUGUGUCUUAGACAGGAAAUAGGGUGAGAUGUGGUGGUCUUGUUUCAGGGGCCUUUAGUGUGUGCCUGAAAGGAACUGAAGGACUUUUUAAACACUGCAUUGGCUUCUUGAGAGAUAAGGUUAAUGGAUAUCGUCUUGGUACCCUUAAGUGUAGCAUGCAAGGUGAUUUAAUUUUCUUUAAGGAGGACAAUGCUGAAUAUAGCGUGCGUUGAAUUGAACCCAUUUCUUGUUUGUGGUAUAUUUACUCAUUGAAACACUUCUGUUAUCCAAAUGCAGCAUCCAGAUGCUUUUCACAACCUGUUCAGUACAGCUCUUUUCAGUACAGGGAAAAUGCUGAAAAGUUACUCCCAAUGGGAGUUGUACCUUUUAUUAUCAAACUAUUUUUUCCCCCAGGUUUUUCAGGUACAUGAUAGAAAGAAUGGAUCACCUCAAUGAUAAGAGUAGUUUGUAUGUUAGAGAAAGGCACAGACAUAGGACUUGGCCAUAGGCAUAUACACACCAGGAGUAACAACAUUGAUUUUUGCAUACUUCCGCACAACUUCAAUUGUUGAUGCCUUUAUCUACAGCGCCAACUCUCAGAAAUAUUGACGUUGUUUAAAAACAAGUGUUGCACAGAUCCUGACUAGUUUUUGCAUUCGGUGUUAAAGUUUUCAUCACUAAAACAAAGGUUUCGAAUAAAUGAUUGACAUGCAAGUUAAUUACACCAACAUAAAAAAUGCCAGGGUGUGUAAAAUCUUUCCGCUUCUACCCUGCUUUCUCAAGACUUCAGAAUUCUCUUGUCUGUAAAGACUAACCCUUUCACAUUUCCUUUUUUUCUUGGCUCACAUUUGGUCCCUUGACAGCUUUGUGUCUUGGCUUUGUUCUAACAUUCUUUGUCUGCAAUGUGGCUUGGUACCAGUAGUUGUCAUUCUGGCCUACUGGGAAAUUUCAAAGUUGCUAAUAGUUGACCUCUGUGGGUCAUUUUUAAUGUGUUUAAUCCUAUCCAGUGAAACAUUGAUUCAUUCUGUUUUCUUUUAGGUAUGUUUUUAGUUUUUCCAAUCAGUGCCACGUUUAUCCUCAGCUUGUACUUCCACUCACUCUCUGCCUCCUUCACGUUCUCUCCUGACACACUUAACUUUUCAAUAACAGCUGAAGUCAGUAGAAAUCCUAGCCGGUAUGUGCAGAGUCAUCUCAUUUGAGUUUAAAUUUGUGACAUCUUCAGCAGUGUGUUCUGUGCAUAUGUCAUACCUCCAGGAGAUCACACUGUAGCUCAGUCUACAAGUGCUAAAGGUGUUCUAAGCAAGACUCUUGAUCACUUCCUUAUCCAGUCACUUGUCUGAGAAACUACCAGGUAUCACCCUAAAGAGAGCAGGGGCUGCAACAGCCUUCUCUGGGAGCAGGUGUGGCUUCACUUCACAACAUGGUAAUCCUACACAAUUAUGUGUGCAUGUCUAGCUCAAAGAUAUGCUUGAAUGGCAGAAUGCCACUUUUACAGUGUUACUAUACUUAAAAACUAACUAUGAAAUUAGGGUUGGUGGCUACAAUAAACCAAUGACCAGUAACUUGUGACUUACUUUGUGCAGUCUUAAACUACACUUAGUGACCGCUUUAUUGGGCACUCCUUUCUAGUUCUAGAAAGGCCUCUAGAGGAGCCUGGAUUCCUGUGGCCUACAGCCAGCAGUAGUUUUAGUGUGGUACAUGUUACAGCCUAAUUCAUAAUACAUGACUAUAUGUUGCAGAAUUGUAUUCAAAGCACAUGGAAAAGGGUUUAAUUGGAUUGACAGUGGCUUGUUUCAGCUUUGUUUCAUACUGAGUGGAUGGAGAAACUCCUGGGCGCAGAACUUCCAUGAAUGUUGGAUGUAACAGGAUUAUGGCUCAAGAGUAGCUUUUCACAAAAACAUGAGUAAACCAACCUUCUCACCAGACAAUCCUAAAAAAUCUUUAGCAACAAUUAGUUUCAAAUUCUUGCUUUUCACAAUAUCCGAGCACAGCGGCUUGUUUGCUAUGGUUAGAGAAAGAUCGUGGUUACGAUGAUGAUUUAAGAUGAAGAUAUUAGGCACAUGCCAAUGACGGAAUAGAAUUGACGUGUGCCUUAUUGUCCUCAAGAGACAUCCACCUGGCAUCCCUUACCAUUCUUUACACCCUUUUGAAUAGUUGCAUAAAGGACCCACUACUUCCGGCACUGAAAAUCACCAUUUGUUGUAAAUCACGUGAUGCGUAAAUUUCCAAUGUUGACACAAUUCCUCAGAUUUUGACACUUUGAAAUGACAUUACUGGUAUCAGUGUUAGUUAUUACUUAUGUGGCAGAAUUAGAAAAGAGGCUUGUCCCUUUCAAUAAAUUUUCAUUUAACAUGCCAUUCUCUAAUGUGACAUUUUUUUCAUCUCCGCUCAGUGCAAAUAGCCAAACGGUUGACAUAAAAAUCAAUGUUCUCUCUUUACAAGUUUAAUAUACAAAAAUAUACCAAAUAUAUUCCUCCUGCUAAAAAAACCCAACAUAUUUUAUCUUAUCUACAUUUUAAAACGGACAAGUCUUGAUUGACCGGCCACUAUUAAUGUGAAUUAUAGAUCAGGCCUACAAUUUAUAUUGUUACUCCAGUGGAAUUUCAUGUAAAGUUUGCAAGUUAGUAUCUAUUAUAUAGGUUGAUAUGUUAUGUUGAUUGUACGUUAUGUCACUCAAAUGCUGCGGUCCCUUACGCAAAAUUGCAUGUACCUGUAACCUGUUGUCUCCAUAAAUGUCAUAGAAACUCAGUGCUAACAUCUUGUAAAUAACCAUAUUGUGAGUCAGAUUUCUUACAUAAAUUUUCAGUAGGACUGUUAAUAAAUUUGCGUUUGGGGAAGUUCCAGUCUUAGUUGUCUUUUCAUGUAACAUCAGUCAUGACCAGACAACAUAAUGUAGACGAUGUAUCCGAAACAGCCGCUUCAUUGAUUGCCUUUCUUGGUCUGUAUCUGUAUUUUUGGAGUUUCACCCAAACCGUGCACCUCAGCUUACUACAGUAACGAUGGGAGAAAGACAUACAAAAAGAAAUCCACGUUUUGUCUGACAAAUUAAGUAAACCUAAAUUACUCCGUCUAUACAUGUCUUUGCAGAGAUUUGAAUGUACUUCAUGUACGUUGGUGAAUAUUUUGCUUGACUUGACCAAUAAAAUACAAUUUUGCUGUGUUUCUAUAA